ACGUCCGUCUGCUGUGUUUUCCAGUGGGUUGCGGGCGUGGCUUAGCUGCUCACAGUCAUCGUAUUUAGGUCGUAGGCAUUUUUCAAAUUCUGUCAUCUCUACAUGUCGAAUCAUUUCAUCGUCACAUGAUUCGAAUAGCCAAGGUUUUUGACAUCAGAAUGGAACAACACACUUGAGAAGCAUGAGCACCCAGUCCACAUGGAGGACCUCUGUGAUCGUUUCAGCCUAGUACAGUCAGCACUGGCCUACCUUGACAAUGCUGAUCAUCUCCAAUAUGUGAAAACAACUUGCUGUAAAUACAGCUCAGGAGAGGAACUGUUGGUGUAUCAUUUUAAACUUGAUGUGGACCCAGCGGAACUUACAGAAUUAAACGCUGCACUUGGAAAUUUUGUGCUUUUGAAACCGCUGAAGUCCACUGAGAUCUUUCAAGAAAUAGUGUUCCAGACUGCUCAGGAGUUGGAGCUUCUACCAAGUGAUACCACCUUGUCCCAGAUCUCGGUUGUGUUGAAACUGUCCAGCCUGCCAAGUCCACUAGAAGGUUGCAGAAUCAAGUGCAUGAAAGAUUUAUCCAGGAAUAUUGGCAGCUGUAACUAUGUCAAGUUUGAUGGGGUUGUCACUGGGAUUACAGGAAUUUCAAAAUAUACUCAAAGCACACGUUAUGUGUGUCCCCACCCUGCAUGCGAGGGAAAUGAAGGACACAAGUUCAUCCGGGUCCACAUUCCUGGAGCCUCAGAGACACAGACAAUAAGAAAUGACUUCAGAUGUAGUGCAUGUGGUUCAGUCUUAGAGGAAGACAAGAGUUCCCGGAUUAUAUCAGAUAAACUUUUAGCUGAGGUUGUUCAUGAAGCUUGCUUCCAAGAUGUCAUCAGUGUCAAGAGCAGGCAGCGAGUCCAAGCUGUUCCAGUAUAUGUCAGAGAUGAACUCUGUGAGAAGAUUCAGAUAGGAAAGAAGUACCAGAUAAUUGGCAUGGUGAGGAAAGACAUCACUGGUGAGGUGGUCAGCCUUGCCCUGGAGGCCAAUAACAUUAUACAGAUAUCACAUAUUCUCCACCCCCUGAUGCCAUCAUUUCUGCCUGAGAGUCUGUUGUGCUUGUACAGAGACAGGAGAGACUCACCCUGGAGCUUCAGCCUCAGUCUUGCCUACGUGUUUGGGGGAGAAGUUGCUCCACCUGGAUCAUACCUACAGCUGAAGCUUGGACUAAUGUUGAGUUUAGCAACUGUAUCAGAGGAGAAACCACUGCACAUACUUGGCAUUGGCAGUGAAGUGGAGGUGAUACAGAGACUCAUGGACUAUGGCCGCCAGUUCUGUGACAGGGGUGUGUGUCACAUGGCAGGCUGUCAUCUCUCUGGCAAAGUCAUCAGUGACAGGCAUGAGACCGCCCCAUACUUCAUAGAAGGUGGUUCCUUGUUGCUGGCAUCAGGAGGAGUGUGUUUCUUGGGGGAGCUGGGCAGGCUAAAGAGGAAGGUCCAGGAACAGCUGCAAGCAGUACUUGGCAGUGCUAAAGUGUACCUGGAGCUUGGUGCUAAACACACUGGUGGCCUCCCCCAGCGCACAGUUCAACCCCUCACAUGCCAGAUAUGGGGAUACUCAGACAACAAACCCAACAAAGGAAAUACAUCUGACGAUCUGUUCAGUCAUCAGGACACUGGAAUCAUUGCAAAACCAGUGCUGGAUGGCUUUGGGUGUGUCUGUUACGCUGAUGUUGAUGACAAAGUGACAAGAGAGGAGGUCGAUACCCUCGCAGCCUGCCAGAUUCUGGUACAGUCUAUGGAAUCUCAACAGCAGAAAAACAAACUACCUGUAUCAGCUGACGACUUCAGACAGUUUUUCCAGUACCUGAGCAGCUAUAGAACUAAGAUGACCAGUGAAGCCCUGCACUUGUUACAGACGUACUUCCAGGCCAGUAGGAAGACACGAGCUUGUUCAGACACUGGCACAGGCGUUCCCGUCACUGCCCUGGAAACACUGGUGUCCUUGUCUCAUGGCCAGGCCAAGCUCAGUCUGCGUCAUCAGGUGCUGGAGGAGGAUGCUGUCAUGGCCAUCAGGAUAUAUGAGGAAAUUCUUACAGCAAGAUUUGGAAUGUCCGUAUUGAAUGUGCAGCCAAGAUCUCAUGUGACAAGCAAGUGUUUUGAAGAGUUUAUUGGACCAGAGAAUGACAGGGCCAUGCACCAGUUUCAUGUUCAACUGAUCCGAUUCUGUGGUCAUACUGGAAACAUGGAGGAAUGAUACAUACACAUUGCCAUAGAUCACUUUGGAUGUUACAGCAAAUAUACCAAAAUACAACACACAGUGGGACCAUUUGAUAUCUAUACUAUAUGAUCACACUUGUACAUGAGGCAGUGCUGCGGACUCAACAGCAAUAUUGGUAGCAUCAGUUUCUGUAUCAGAAGUAUUUGUUGACUGGAUCAGUGUUAAUGCAAGGAAGCUACACUUUGAUCUGCUGCCUUGGUAGCAUCAUACUCAGCAUUAGAAACAUUUGUUUACUGGAUCAAUGUUCUGCAGCAAAUACUCAACUUUUAAAUAUAAAGGUUUUAACAUCAGCACAGAAUUCUAAUUGAGAGUAAACUAUAUUUAUUUCUGUAUGAAUGCUCAAUGUUGCUUGAAUUGUUCUAAAGAUAUUGCUAGAAUCUCUUUUCAUAGUUGGUGCUGGAUCAUCUGUCUCCGAGUAUUUCUUAACGAGUUAAAAUUGUCUGCAUUGUAUACUGUUACAUUUCAUUAUAGUAAUCUUUCAACAUCUGUGAUAAUGCAUUUAUUAAUAUAAUAUUUCUUGCUCAGUUUUUGUAUUUAUUUUUUAUUUGUAUU